ACCACUCAUUAAAUUUUCCUAUUCGUAACUAUUUCUUCUCAACUUUGGGAAUUUCUAGAAAAAAUAUUAAGUGAAUGAGGUUUUUCUAUUUUUUAUUGUUUUUGUUUUGUAUUUUAUUACCUACAAUCACCAAAAUCCACAAAUCGGUACCACACCUUUUCGUCAUUGUCAUGCCUUUGUGACGAGAACUUGUCAAUAUUGAACAACUUCGUCAUUUCCACUUAUUUGCGUAUCCACAACACAACCAUUUUGAAAAUUCCAACGAGACAUCACUUCAACGUCAUUUUUCUUCUAAAAAAAGCUUUAUUUAACGUAUGAGUCUUGUUGUGUACCUUGCCGUUUGUACGACCAGCUCGUCCAUAUAACUUUUAGAAAUGCAUCGCGAUAUUCACGCCAUCGAAACACUAUGCGCGGUGCGUUCGUUAUCCUGUUGUUAGUACUCACGAUCGAUCUGCAAUGUGUCCUUCAGUCCACUAGUUCAAGCGGUGUUUCCAAUUCAAGGGACGAUAGGAAUUCCGAUCAGAACCAAUAUGUGAACAGCAGUGUGAACCUCAACGAAGCCUCGGUUCCAAAGCGCAAACUGAAAAGUUUGGUAGCGUUGAUUUUCUCCAAUAAAACAAGAAAAAAUGUGGAUUUGCCUCCGUCGAAUAUGGGAACUUUAGCGGCUUGCAGAUGGCUCAAGGGUUAUAAGAAACAAAUGCAACAGUGUUUAGAUAGACGAGGAUUUGCCAAAGUGUUGCAAGAUGCGAGAAAACUAGCAGUUACACAAUGUAGAAAUUUAUUUAGUUUUGAUAGAUGGGAUUGCACAAAAUUGCAUAAUUCAAUGUUUAAGAAAGUUUACAGAGAAACAUCAUUCAUGCAAGCGAUCACCGCUUCCGCGUUAAUGUUUUCAGUAGCCAAAGCUUGCAGUGAUGGAAAAUUACAAAGUUGCUAUUGCUUGGUCCGACCAAAACGAGAAAAUACAAAAUGGCAUGGUGUUGGCUGUGCAGACAAUACCAAAGUUGCCCGUAGAAUAACCAGGAGAUUCCUAAUUGAAAAUGGUGGCCAGUUGGCAGAAAGUGGCUUGAAGCAAAACCAGAAACAAGAUAUCUACAAAAACAAUAUCAAUGUAGGCCUAGAAACUGUUGAACAACACAAGAAAAAUGUAUGCGUGUGUCACGGGGUAUCAGCUUCUUGUACUUUGAAGACAUGUUGGAAAAUAAUAAAUCGCAAUUUUACAACAAUUGCGCUGAGUCUAAAAGCAAAAUACAGUUCAGCACACUUUUAUAAACCAGAAUGGAAGGAUAAAAAGAACGAGAUGGUGAAAAACUUGGUUUAUUUAGAACAAAGUCCAAACUUUUGCAAUAUGACACGUGGACGUCGUUGUAAAGAUCAUAGCCAUUGUGCAACGCUAUGUUGCGGACGAGGAUCACUCGAAAAGAAUGUAAUCGUCAACGGUCGAUGCAAUUGCAAGUGGAAUAAUGAAUUGAUAUUAGGCUGUGAGUUGUGCAAAAUUAAUGAGACACAUUUUAUAUGCAAAUGAUAUAUAAUCUUGCAACAAUAAAAUUAAUGACUUUUAGAAGAUA